AUGGUGGCAGAAUUAUUUUGGCUUGGAAUCCAGGAAGCUUUUCUCUCUAAUAGAGAAGUGUUGUGGAAAGAUUUGAAAGCUUUAAACACACAGGAUGCCUGGAUCUUGUGUGGAGAUUUCAAUUGUGUUAUGAGUACUGAUGAGAGAGUUGGCUCCCCUGUUAGGAAUACUGAAAUAGUGGAUAUGUGUGAUUGUAUGCAUUUCUGUAGUAUGGAAGAUAUUAAGAGUGUGGGUAAUUUCUACACUUGGAACAAUAAGCAGCAUGGUGCAACUAGAGUUUUUUCUAAAAUUGAUAGAAUAAUGGCUAAUCCUAAGUGGUUAGGUGUUUAUAGCUCAACUGAAGUGUGUUUUAUGAAUGAGGGUUGUUUUGAUCAUUCCCCUGGAUUGUUGACUGUCUAUCCUAGGGAUACAGGGGGGAAAAAGCCUUUUAAUUAUUUUACAAUGUGGAAAUCUGCUCCUCAUUUUCUGACUCUUAUCCAAGCACAAUGGAGUGGUACAGUUCAAGGGAGCAAGAUGUUUGGUGUUGUUCACAAACUGAAGAAGGUGAAGUUGGUUCUCAAAGAGUUGAAUAGAAAGGGAUUCUCUAAUGUUCAAGCUGCUGAUCUUCAAGCAUACCAUGACAUGAUUGCAGCUCAGACAUCAAUGCAUCUUGAUCCUGCUGAUCAGAGUCUUGCUGAUGCAGAACUCAAUGCAGUGCAGAAUUACAAAAAUAAGCAUUAA